CUUCUCUUCCGGGGCCCCAGUGUACCCAGCUCACUCACCGUCACCGUCACCGUGCCCGGCCUCUCUACCUCGGGCAACACUCCGCUUGGUAGCCGAGUGGUCUCCCUAUCCUUCUUUUUAAUUCAUGCUUUGACCGUCCCAUGCUCAGCAUGCGGAAUGUCAAACGAGCUCAGCAGAGAUGACACUACCAUUCGCCUCGGUCGCCUUGAGGCGAUCAUCCUCCCACCUUUAUGCAGGCGUUAGAAGUUUCUCUAGCUCCGCUUCGAGAGACGCCUCAUGGGGGUUCAUCGGUCUAGGUGCCAUGGGCUUCCCCAUGGCCAAAAACCUACGAGCUAAAAUUCCCGAAGGCGACAGCCUCACGGUCUUCGACGUGAGCCAAGCUACUCUUGACAAGUUCUCGGUGGAAGCCACUCCUACAGGCGUGGUGAUUGCUAAAUCCCCCCGUGAAGUGGUGGAAAACGCGGAUUACAUUGUCUCCGCACUCCCUGAGCCCAAACACGUCAAGGCCGUCUUUGACGAAAUCCUUGCCACCUCCCUGCCCAAGGCUCCCACAGAGAGCAACCGGUUGUUUAUUGACACCUCGACCAUUGAUCCUACCACAUCUCGUACCGUUGCAAAGCUGGUCAAAGAGAAAGCAGGCGCCACAUUUGUCGAUGCUCCCAUGUCUGGCGGUGUGGUCGGAGCUGCUGCUGGUACCUUGACUUUUAUGAUUGGAGCAGAGAAAGAGGAUGUACCUGCGGUCGAGAAGAUCAUGUUGCUCAUGGGAAGAAAAGUAUGGCACAUGGGCCCCCAAGGCACAGGACUCAGUGGCAAGCUAGCAAACAACUAUGCUUUGGCAAUCAACAAUAUUGCCGCGGCUGAAGCUAUGAAUCUCGGUAUGAAAUGGGGGAUUGAAGGCAAGGCCUUGGCUGAUCUGAUCAACUCGGCCACUGGUAAGAGCUGGCCCAGCGAAAUCAACAACCCAGUGCCCGGUGUGAUCCCAACAGCCCCCUCAAGCAGAGACUAUGAAGGAGGUUUCGGAAUUAGUUUGAUGAAUAAGGACCUCCGACUUGCCAUCACGGCAGCUGCGGAAGCUGAUGCGAAGCUUGUUCUUGCACAGAAGGCCAAGGAGGUGUAUGAUGACGCCGAAAAGACCCACAAGGGCAAGGACUUUUCGGUGGUGUAUAGAUGGCUGGGUGGAAAGGAGUAGGCGUGUCACUGUCGUGAGAACGGCAUGAUGGAGCUGAGCUUCCCGCAAGCGGACAGCCAGAGAAUGUUCCAUUUUUCUACGCUAUAUCAAUCCAAAGUUGAUUUGACUCCUGUAAAUAUAA